AUGCAACUUCUUUGUCCUAUUCUUCGAGUAUCGAAUAUCAGCCUUCAGCCAACGAAUUCUCAUUUGGUUGAUAUUCAAUCAGCUCGAACACAACUCUAUCCUGGUGCUCAUAUAGCCGCUGCGAAUCCAUACGAACACUUUCAUCAUGGUAUUGUCGUCGAUUUAACAUCAGCAGAUAUCUCAAUUAUUCACUUUUGGGGUGUAAAAAAACGUGAAGCACGUAUUCAAGUAACCACACUUCCAAUAUUCAUCGCCGGUAAUAUUAAACGUGUAGGAAUACGAACUCGCCAGUUAUACAUCGUUCAAUAUCAGAAUGAUACACUUGAAAAACAACAAGAAACUAAUCAACGAGCAAAGAGUAUGCUCGAUAAACCAGAUGAAUAUGAAUAUAAUAUAUUUCGGUUAAACUGCGAAAGUUUCGCUUACUUUUGUCGUACGGAAAGAUGGGAAAGUGAACAAGUCACAAUAAUGCGAAAUCAGCUAUUGAACACAAUACGGAACAUCCGAAACAAGAUUAAAAGGCGAAAAAAACAAUGCAAAAACAGUUGUUUAUUAACGAAUAAGACUAUACCCAUAGGUGUUCCCCUAUCUAUUGGAAUUUAA